AUGCCCAGUGCCGCGACAAGGUCCACUGCUUCGGGCCCCUCGCCGUUACGACCUCUCCUGCGCCGGCCAGGUGUCAUCGCCCUCGGGUUCGCCGUCGCCGGGCUCGGGCUCGGCUUCAAGCACGUGGCGACGACGAUGCGCGAAAACGAGGCGGCGCAGAAGAACGCUGGUGGCCGCUACGUUAGCGUCGACCGGAGCGGCGGCGGCAUCUAG